CACAAGUGAUGGCACUAUUUGUGCCGCACGAUUGCGUGUGUGUUCGAUUUCUUUUUGUAUUCAACAUUUAAAUUAUAAAUUUCCUCUAACAUUUUAUCAUCGUGAAAACAUCACAACACUGAUUUUGGAAUAAAAUUUUAAUACGACAAUCACGAAAGAAAAGUUCAUCGAUGAAAUAAAAUGGGUACUGUCCACGCUAAGGAACCCUUUAAUCCGUCAGGCUUAGAUCAGUCAUCUAAGGAUAAUGCGAGUAAACAUGAUGAAUCACCAGUGGGAGAUUUUCCAUCCUUUCUCAAUAACAAAACUCGGAUACAUAGGGAAGAAGAAAAUGUACAAUCAAAAUGUAUUGUUUUACAUACAGUUAAAGCACGAGUCGACAAAAUACACGUGGACGGACUUAUGCGAACGAAAGACGAUAUAAUCAAGCCACAAGUGAUGGACUUGUUUAAGGCUACAAAUUUCGAGGAUGUUAUAGUACGUGCUUCUAAAGUACGAGAGAAAUUAGAUGCUUUGGGAUGCUUCAGACAGAUUGGAGUUCACAUUGACGUCAGUCAAGGUCCUGAAGCCACCCCUGAUGGUGUAGAAGUCACUUUUAUGGUACGUGAAAUGAGACGUUUGGUUGGUGGUAUUAGCACGAUGGUUGGGAACAAUGAAGGAUCCCUGAUUAUCAGCGCAAGAGCGCCAAAUAUAUUUGGCAGAGCAGAACGUGUUCAAAUGGAGUAUUCUCAUGGCAACAGAAGUUCGAUCAAUUUCAAUGUAUCUGCCAUUAAACCGUUUCCGCAGAGCUUAUACAAUGCAGUAUUAACUGGUACUGUAUUUAGCACGACACACGAUUUCCCAUGGUCUGGUUUCAAACAAAAUGAUAAGGGAUUACUUUUCGAUAUGGAGCUCAAUCAAACAGGCACUUCUAAACAUAAUAUACAGUAUGAAGCUGCAUUUAGAAAUAUAACUUGUUCGAAACAAGCGGCCUUUCGUGUUCGGGAACAGUGUGGACCGAAUUUGAAAUCCGCGUUAAGACAUAUUUGGACAAUAGAUAAAAGAGACUCGGCUAUAUUUCCCAUUAGUGGAAGUCUUUUGCGAUUAACAACAGAGAUGGCUGGAUUAGGUGGUGACAUAGGUUUCUUAAAGAACGAGCUCAUGAUGCAAAGUAACUGGUCACCGCAUGAGUUUCUUACAUUCCAACUUGGCCUUCAAUCCGGACUGUUGAGUGCAAUCAGUAACGAUAUGAAGAUAAGCAUCGCCGAUCAUUUCUUCUUGGGUGGUCCGUUGAAUGUUCGAGGAUUCGAUAUGAGAGGAUGUGGACCGCGUUCCAACGGAAAUUCCGUGGGCGGUGAGAUGUACUGGGCAGCAGCUCUUCAUGUAUAUACGCCGCUUCCAUUCAGACCUGGUCGUAAUAGUUUCGGAAAUUUGUUUAGGCUACACGGUUUUAUCAAUGGUGGCAAUCUGUCUAACUUCACUUUUACGUAUGGAAAUUUCUAUAAUGAAAACAUGAAGAUUUUCACAGAGAACGUUCGCUGUGCGAUCGGUGGAGGAAUCGCAAUGAAACUAGGAAAUGUAGCCCGUAUAGAAUUGAAUUUAAUUGCACCACUGUUGUUCGUAAGGAGUGACGUGCUCCAACAAUUUCAAUUCGGUAUUGGUGUGCAGUAUCUUUGAGUCGUCUCGAUAGUCUAUUACGAUAGUCUUGUGUCAUCUCUGUAUGAUGGAUGUGGAUGUAAAUGAAGAUAGUAAGAUUAUAUGUGUAAAUUUACUUCUGUUCACUUUUGUUCGAUAGAAAGAUUCGCGGAAUGUAAAAUAUUCGCAAUAAAAUUAAAUGCUAUGCUAUUA